AUGGGUAGUAGAGGUUUUUUUGAAAAUAUUUUAAUUAUUGAAAGAAUUAAUAUGGAAGCUACUUGUGACCUUUCGUGACUGUUUAGAGGGGAUUUUCAAAGAGCGUUCAAUCUAAUUGAUACUAGUCCAGCAUGCAAGUCAGAACUAAUUAAAUUUUCCUAGCUCUCCAGCGAAAAAAAAAUUUUGUUCGAGCAGAAGGUUUUUUUUUUAAAAAUUUAGAAAGAAAUUUUAUAGUUUCGAAAUUAAAAAAAAUUUGAAAGCAAAUAUUUAUUUUGUUCAAAAUUAAACAUAAUUUAUUAUAUUAAUCAUCACUUAUAUAUCAAUAAAAAUUUUUUUGUUUGUAUGUAGGGUUAUUUUUGGGAUUUUUCAAAUUUUUUUUUUUCACUCAUAGGUGAGUAAUGGAAAUGUAUGAAAUUGUACUGAAAAAAUCACAUUAAGUCUUCUAAGAAAAAAUGAAAUGCCAAUAUAUCGGGAAAUAAUUGGAAAAUGCCAAGCAGACAUGGAUAUCUCAAAACAAUUAAAUAUAGCUCCAGAGGACUGAAUACAGCAUAGAAUUAUAGAUUAUGAAGAGCAUUCAGACUUUUUAAAAUACAGCGUCUGUGCCAAAGUUAAUGGAAAAAUCGCAGGAUUAGUAACUGCUGCACCUAAAGCCUCUUAUCCUGAAAAAUCAUUUGAGAGAGCUAGGGCAAGAGAAUUUUGGAAAAAAAUUGAUUUUAUUCAUAAAAUAACAUCAGAAAGUCUGCCUUUUAUAUUUGAUAUGUCUAAUGACAAUAUUUCAAAUAAAAAAUAUGUCAAUCCUAAAGAAGUGCUUUAUGCAUCUAAUUUAUCUAUUUUGCCAGAAUUUAGGACAGCAAGGCUUACAAUUUAUAUCAAUGCCAUUGUAUCAGCAUUGGGGUAUUUAAAUGAUAUGAAAUUUUGUUAUGCUUGCUCUUUAGAUACAAGAUUUCCUUAUUGAAAAAAAUUUAAUCCAUGAAUGGUGAAAACUACUUAUUAUGGAGAUUUAGUUGUAGAUGGAAAAAGAGUUUUUCCUAGGCCACAUCCGAAUCAAGUUCAUACCCUUCUUGUACUGCCAUUAAAAUCGAAUCUUAUUAAUCCUAAACUUUAA